AUGGACGAGGAAAUUGUACCUGUUGGCCAGACGGUGGAAGUCGUGGACCCGGAUGUCCGCGCUCAUGUCUACAGCCUUGUGACUGCGCUGGGAGGAUUCAACGGGGAGAAUGCCGAUCAAUAUGUGCUCGGUGAUGAUGCGCUGGCUUGCUUGCGAGACAUCAAGCGCUGGCUGAAGCUGUACGAUGAGAAACAAAACCGCAUGGAUGUGGCACGAUGUCUGGGGGAAGCAAAUCUGGUCAAUGGUGACCUCGUGCCAAUCCUUUCGCUCUGGAGCGGGGGCGUCCAGAGCAGUAAAUACAUGUCCAGGAUUGCGCUGGCUUGCCUGGAAUUGCUAGUACCCUUGACCUGGCCAUUGGAAAUCCAUAACCAGAUGACCGUUAAUCACCAUAGACAUAUGCCCUAUCUGCAACAUGCACAAGUCUCAUAUAAAAGACGCCUCCUCAGCCGUGGCAGUGCCAGUCUCCUUAGAACGAUUAUCCGGAUUGGCCUACCCAGCAUGGCAGUCCCCCGAUCCGAACGAACGGCUCGAGACGAAGGAAUUCUUAAGCUCGUGCUUUAUUUGUUACGGAACAUUGCAGUGAUAAACACACAUGCUCGCCUUGCAGCGGAAGGAGAUGAGGAAGAGACAUCAAGGUCCGCGACCCUCAACGCCUUCCAAGAUCAAGAUGCAUUUGCUCUCCUCCUUACCAUGUGUUCCAAUGUUGGCGAUGAUUUCAGCAUGCAAGAUGUGGCUCUUCUUGAGAUCUUGUUCCAUAUUGUCAAGGGGGUUGACGUGGAAAAGCUCUUUAUGGAUGACGCCCAGCGGAGUGCCAAGCGCACUGAUGAGCUGGAUACUCUUUUACGGCAGGAGUCUUCGCUGCGGAGGGAGUAUGCUAAGAAUGCACCGACACGACAUGGUCGCUUCGGGACUAUGAUUUGGGUCAAACGAGAUGAUGCCAAGGUUUCUACCGUCUCUGGACAGGAUAUCCUUAAGGACAGCCAAGCAACACUUCACAAAAUGGACCAAAGCAAGAAAUGGAACAAGCCCCAACAGCGGCAGAAGAAAGAAUUAUCUACGCUGAACAACGAUUUCAGUAGUCCUGUGCACCUCAAUUCCACUGCGUCGAAGAACCUGCGCAUGUUUGUGGAGGAAUUUCUUGACUCUGGUUUCAAUCCUCUUUUUACGCAUGUCAGGAAGGCGAUCGAGCGUGAAGCUGAUCGUGUUCUGGACAUAAACUCCCGCCAAUACUUUUUCACCGUUGCUUGGUUCCUAGAGGCGGAACGGGCACGGCGUGUUCGCCAACGCCAGAGAAGAGCACAGAAUGGAAAGCCUGAUAAGGUGGCAGAGCCGGACAGUUUUGGAUUGGUCGCUGGCGUUCUCAACCAGGAAACGUUUGUCUUCCUCAACCGAUCAAUGCAGUACAGUCUUGACCAUAAAGACUGGGAGGACCUCAAUGCUGCGAUGCGUUGUUUCACGCAAAUCCUGUUGACUGUUCAGGAAAUGGCCUUAUCACCCAUUGAGGAGGACCAGGAAAUUGCGGAGAAUAUACAGAAUCGGAUCUUCUACGAGGAAACGACCCAUGAUCGCAUUCUUACAAUCAUCCGUGGAUACAAGGACCAAGGGUUCGGCUACCUCGACGCAGCCACGAAUCUUGCACACGUCUUCUUGAGAAUGCUGGAGCGAUAUUCGAAAGAGAAUGUUGACAUGCAAGUGCGCUCUAAAAGACGCACUAGGCGUAAAAACAAGCAGGCCGAGAAGGCCGACGAAGAGAAUGACAAUGAAGAACAAGUCUCCGAGGAUGAAGAAGAUCAUGCCGAAGCCGAGCGGGUCUCCAAAGAGCGCAAGUUUGAUUUCCGACGCUUCGCCACUAAGUUCUGCACUCAGAAGUGCGUCGACACCUUCGUUGCGUUCACCAAAUACUACAAGGAGCUCGACACAGAACAGUUGAAGCGCGCGCACCGCUACUUCUACCGAAUUGCUUUCAAGCAAGAGAUGGCUGUCUUGCUAUUCCGUGUGGAUAUCGUCAAUCAUUUUUACACGAUGAUUAAAGGCCCUGGGGCUUUGGACUCCAGCCAGCCUAUCUUCAAGGAGUGGGAGGAGUUAGUUCAACAAAUUCUUCGGCGACUCAUCAAAAAGAUCGACCAACGCCCGGCCUUGAUAACCGAGCUGCUAUUUAGUAAAAUCAACUCAACUGUGUCCUACCUGGAGUAUGGUCAUGAGAAACAAACGUUAUCCACAGCCAAAAGACCUCCAGCCGAGAUUGAGGUCAGCUCCAGCGAAGCGAAAACUACCGAGGAAAAGAUCAACAUUGUAAUUGGGGCUUUGAUCUUGGACGAACAGGGUGAUUUGGUUGCAUGGGUGGGUGACGUCCUCCAGACGGCGGCGGAAGAAAGAGCAUCCUGGGAAGCGCAGGAUGAAGCACAGGCAAAGGAGAACCCCGGAAUACAAACGGCGCCUAAUCCUAUGAUUGCUAUUGUGCCACGGGAUGAUGGCUGUCAAAAGGCCAUGUUCGCAAAUGCUAAACUCCGUCUCUUAAUGACCUUGGUCAAAUUUGAGCGUCUCGGGGUGGAAGACGUGCCUGGUGCAUCUUGGAUCGUUCCCUCAUCAUUGGACUCAAACUAUCUUCGGACGACAAAGGCUGCCAUCGACCGAUGCCUUGAUAGUCCCAUGGUUGGAGAUCUUCAGAACGACCCUCGUGAAAUGCUCCGACGAAAAUAUCCCAAUGAACAGAGCGGUAACUCAAAACAAGCGACUCUCGAUGUCAACUUUGGAUCGGAGUCUGAGGGGGAGGAUGUUCCGGACGGUCCCCUUUUCCCACCAAACCCUCGGUCCAAAACCCAGGCCCUUGACGAGCUGAAAAAGAAACGCAAGAAGCAGAAAAAGGACGUUGACAGUGCGCCUCCAGCCGACGAGACCCUGGAAGCACGUCGCCAAGCACGCCUUGAGAACACACGAGCCCGCGUCGCAAAGAUCAAAAGUGACCUCUAUGUUCACGCCAGCGACGAGGACACGGACGAGGGCGCGGACGAACGCUUUUUCGAGCUAGAAGAGAAAAGGAGGAAAGAGCAGGCAGAACGGGUGCGAAAAGCCUUACUUACCGGCGUUGUGCCGGAGAUGAGUAGCGGCACAAAGAAGGGGAAUGGGCGCAAGAAACGGCCGACCGAGCAAGGCGCAAGCCGGGUUCCGGGCAAACGACAGCGACGUGCCAAUGCCAGCAUGAGCGAUGCCGAUGAAGACGAGGAUGUCCUCAUGGACGGCGUGGACGUUGGAACUCCCGGGUCACAUCGCAAUCUCUCAUCUAGUCCAUCCAUGGACGAUGAUCUUCAGUUCGAUGACGACCUCGCUUUUAGCCGGGAUCGGAAUCCGAGACCAAAGUCUCCUCACGACCAAAGACUGGAACCCGACAGCCUUGAAGACGAUAGUGGGAUCACCCCGAACAACGACGAAGAGGAUGGGCCAAGGCAGCCACCGGCUCGGCGGCGGAUACGAGCAGGCGACGCCAUAUUCCCUCCUCCCUUACUACCUCAAACCUAUAACCGACAACCAAAUCUCUCCCUCAUGAUGGCUCAACGAGUUCGCUUUGUUACCCUGGACGUUUUUACCUCGCAGCCGUACGCGGGGAAUCCUUUGGCUGCCGUCUUCCUCCCAGACCCAGAGCAGUCCGCCUCGCUUCCUCUGACCGAGCGCCAGAAACUAUCGAUCACGCGGGAAUUCAAUCUGUCCGAGACGAUCUUCGUCCAUGCCGGGAACAGCGAUAAACGGACCAUUGAUAUAUUCACUACCUCUUGCGAAAUCCCUUUUGCGGGCCACCCAACUAUAGGCGCCGCCUCAUGGUUUUUGUACCAUUCUCCGAUUCAACGGGAGAGGGAGCAAGUUCGAUGCUUGGUCACAAAGGCCGGAGAGAUUCCGAUCUCACUACAACAGACGCCUCAGCAGCAGGGGGUAUUGGCAAUGAUCGCACAUAAUGUUCGUUUCCAUGCCGCGCGGUAUCCGCUAAGUGAGCUACUCCGGCUUCACGUGUCCUUGACCCCAUUCUUCCCGUCUGCAGUUCACAACAUGCUGUCUUUUCCGGUGGUCUCUAUCGUCAAUGGGAUGAGUCAAAUCCACGUUGAGCUGCCUUCUUUGGAAGCGCUGGCCGCCGUGACGACGUCGGCCGGCGGCGAGGUGAUCUCCGUCCACGGACCAUACCUGGACGAAGGGUGGAGGUCUGGCCACUGCGUUCUAUACUUCUACGUGCGAAACGUCGAGGAUGCGCUAUUGAAGACUCGCGUAAUACGGUCUAGGAUGAUCUUAGGGAACGAGGAAGAUGCGGCCACGGGCAGCGCCGCGAGUGGACUGGUGGCAUAUUUGUCCCUGACAAAGGAACCCCCCGGGAGGCACACGUAUGACAUUAUACAGGGCGUGGAAAUGGGGAGGCGCAGCCAGAUUGGAAUUGACAUCACAACUGACCUCGAAAAAGUCGAGAAGAUCGAACUGAAAGGAGCUGCAGUGACUGUGAGCCAGGGCACCAUUUUAGUCCCUAAGGACGAGCUUUCCGGCACUGGAGCGAUAAUGACGGAGAAACAGGCCCGCAGGUCUUCAGUUGUGAACUCAUUCCAGACUCUCAAAAGCACCUUAACUGGACGCCAUACGAUCAAGGAGGACACGAGUUCUCAGAAGCACAGCCAACUGGCAUUGGAGUCUGAAAAUAUUCCUCCACUUCCAUGCACGCAGACGCCCUCUGGCUUCCCCUCCAAUUACGUUUCCUCAUGGAUUCCAACUCCACCUAAGCCCCCCGCUAGAGCUGCUAGCAAUGAAUCCUUAGCCGACAUCAGCUACAGUUCCCUGCCCGAGCGCCACAACAGCCUACCCUUCACAGAGACGCCUGUCGAUGGACGGCCUACCUUGAUCCCUACUCCAGAAAUCCGAACCUGCGUGGGAGAACGAACAAUAAGUCGGAAAGGAUGGAGAACGAGGAAACCAAAGGAAGCGCGACCAGAGAGCCCCAGAGGGCAAGUGCGAAUCACUCCCCCAAUGACACAAGCACACCACCGGAUACCAGAGAAUCACCGAUCACCUGUACCAUCGAGGAUGUUCGAGGUCGACGCACGCCAAAAGGAGCUGACGAUGGCUUCAAGACGGAUCAGGUGGACUAAUCGAUAUGAAAACCUAAGGAACAUGGGUCGAAAGGACCCGAAAGAAUUCGAGUCCGGAGAAAGACCCUCGCAGUUCCCUCUCACUCGAAUACCGUCAUGCUUGAAGCGAUCAGCCCCGGCGAGCCCUGUCUUCCAGGUCACCGAACCACAGCCUCGACAAUACUGGCUGGGACGGUUCGUCACCCUCACCAAUGCAUUCCAUUACGAGGACUCCUUCAACCAGCCGGACAUUGCCACCGGAUUUGGGAUGCUGUCCAGCUAUUCUCGUCCCCUGGGGUGUUCCGAUAUCGACCUCUCGAAUUAUCGCAUUAAGCGGGCGUUCAUGGUGCUCGAAAAUGUCUGUACGACGGACGAGGCGAGUGCUAGUCUUCGGGCCUUCCGCGAGGACUAUGUCAGGUUUCACGGCGAUCGGUGGAUGCGCUAG